AUGACUUUGGUGAAGCUUGACCCGCAGACGGAGCCCACGGAGCCCUGGCACCAUCUGAAUCAGGCCGAAAAACUGGUACGGGACGCCUGUGACAAGCUCAGCGUGGAAAAUCCCGAUUAUAAGGCGGCCAAGGUGCUCUUAGACCAGGCGCUGAGAACCGGGGAGUUCGCGUCCCAGGCGAUGAGCUCGCUGUGGUGUGGGAUGGUGAACGAGAUCGACGCACUUGACAACAAGAGUCACGAGUCUCUCAAAGAAUCGGAGGAAGGGUUCAACGCCGCCCUCGGAGUGGCCUGGAUAAAGAUUAAGCUCGGUGAUUCGCCGAAGGAAACUUUGAACCGUUGGGAUUGGGUCUGCGCCGCGGCGCAGACCAGCCUGAAGCGGUUGGAGAACCUGGAGAAGACGCUUCUUGGUGAGUAG